GAGCGCGGGCCCGCGGAGCGCGCGCGGGGGAGGCAAGGAGCGGAAACGAGGCCGCCAUUGCCAGAGUGAGAGGGAGAGAGAGAUGGCGGAGGACAAAGCUAAGGGGGAAAAUGUGAAAAGUGAAGGGAAUGACCACAGGAAUGACCAUAUUAACCUGAAAGUGGCUGGACAAGAUGGUUCAGUCGUACAGUUUAAGAUAAAGAAGCAAACACCACUGAGCAAACUGAUGAAAGCAUAUUGUGAGAGACAGGGCUUGCAGAUCAGACAGAUCAGGUUUCGUUUCGAUGGGCAGCCAAUAAAUGAAACUGAUACACCAGCUAUGUUGGAAAUGGAAGAUGAAGACACCAUUGAUGUAUUCCAGCAGCAGACGGGAGGAACCUGCUAACCUCAUGACAGUAAUUUAAUGUAAAUAAUGUUCCACAAAAUGUACAUGUUCAUGCAACACGCUGUAUUUUACUCUAUUUUGAACAAUUUGCAACAUUUGGGGCAAUCGCUGUUAUAAAAAUGUUAGAGGGAGGGGUAAAGAGCUGUGAGACAUCUUUACAAUAAAUUGCUUUUUUUUGCAUUGUUUUACUUUCUGGAUACAGGGAAUUUUCUUUGUAUUUUGGAUUAAUCCCAAUAAAGUUGAUCUUGUAUGUA